CCGCGCGCCCGCAGUGACAAAAACAUUCACCAUGAAAGAAGCGUAGUUUUGAACGUAGCAUCGAAUUUCUGCAAAUUUCGCUUGAUUAAGCCGUUCUCUGGCGUUCUAAACCUUUAAAAUAUCGACUAACCGGUGGCUCACAUAAAUUUCAGCACGAAUCGCGGACGAAAACGCGACUUUUGCUGGUGCAACCGCGCUUUUUAGAGUCAUGAGGGCUGUUUCCUGGAGCUGAAAAUUGCAUGGAUCAAGUGGCUAGCAUGCCUGUCGAGCACCAGGACACGCUGGACGUGAAGCACCUGUGUGGCAAGGAAGAGCCAUUAUCGAACUUCCAGACUGGCGCUGGAAUUCAAGAAGGACUGCUAGUGUCACCCCCUCUCUCAGACUGCUCUCCUUCUCAUCCACCAAUGAGUCCAGCCAAGAUCAAGGUUGAGGCUCCAGAAGUCACGUGCGAUGCUGAAGUACCGAAAGAGACAAAAAUCCACAAGAAAGCGACUGAGGAAGGAUCUCUUUUUAAGGCCAAAAUCAACGGUGGCGCCGAGUCUGUGAAAGUGCGCGAGCCGAGUGAUUCGACGAAAAAACAUUCUGAGAGGCACCACUCGUCGUCGCACCACAGCAGCAGCCACAGAUCGAGCAAGUCAUCCUCUUCCCGCCACCACUCGUCAUCUUCAAGCCAUCACAAAUCUUCCAGUUCCAGACGAAGUGACGACCGCAAAAAUGAGUGCCCACAUUGUGGAAGACGAUCAAAGGUUAAAAAGGCGCACAUCGGAAUACAGUGUCGUCGAGACCGAACCUUCACAAAGACUGUGUCCCUGCCUCGGCCACCAGCCUCUGAAACGAGUGCAAGAAUGCAGAAUCUCAUCAGGGUGGAGACCAACGCCAAUGGAGGGGCAAGCGUCGUACAUUUGUACCAGGACGAAAUCUGCCGACUGAGCCCUGAGGAGAUGGAGGUGCUGGUCGACGAAUACUUCAAGGUGGUUUUCCAAGAGGAUGAGGAUGGCAACCCAAUGCAUGUGAUGGGAAUCGUGCACGGCGCUGCCGCCUAUCAGCCAGACUAUAUCGACUACAUGGCUGAGAAGCACCCGAAUCUGGUUGUCUCAAACAACGUCCUGGGCAGGAGCAACGAGACUGAAAUGUCUACCAUGCUGAAGUACUGCGAAAAUGUGUACAAGAAUUAUUCCUUUGGCACUAUUCGAUAUGGCCCACUCAAUAAUAUCAGCAUUGUUGGUACUGUCCACGAGGAACAGGGAGGUUUCUUCCCUGACCUGCUGGAGAUCCUUGAACAAGACCCCUUCCUUAAACAAACAAUGCCUUGGGGCGGUCUUUCAGCCGUGAAGAUGAGCACGCCUCGAGAAUCGAAUGAUGGACCGAUUCUGUGGGUCAGACCAGGAGAACAACUAGUGCCCACUGCAGAUCUAUCAAAGUCGGCAACAAAAAGAAAAAGGACGGGAAUAAAUGAACUGAAGAAUCUGCAGUACCUGCCAAGACAGUCGGAGGCCAGAGAGUACCUUUUUGAAGACAGAACCAGAGCACAUGCAGACCAUGUUGGCCACGCCCUGGACAGACAGACAACGGCAGCCGUGGGAGUGCUCAAAGCCAUCCACUGCGGUGAGCCGAGCGAGCACAACAGAAUCACAAAAGAUGUGGUCGCCUUCCACGCUGCCAACUUUCACUAUCUUGUCGAGAAGCUGCAACUUGACCUCCACGAGCCUCCCAUGUCUCAGUGUGUGCAAUGGGUGGAGGAUGCAAAACUGAAUCAGCUUCGGAGAGAAGGGGUUAUGUACGCACGAAUCCAGCUUUGUGACAAUGACAUUUAUUUCUUGCCCAGGAACAUCAUCCAUCAGUUCAGAACAGUCACAGCUGUUACAAGCAUAGCCUGGCAUGUGAGACUAAAGCAAUAUUACCCUGAAGCGAUUGCCAUGGAAGAAAACGCCAAAAUGACCAGAGACCUGAGUCUGGUAAACUCGGACAGUCCUACAAAGGCGUUUGAAGUUCUGCCGAACGAGGAGGAAGUGCAGAGUGCCAAGAAGAGACCAAACGAGAACGGAGAUGUGAGCUUGGCGCCUCCAGAAAAGGUUUUGAUUAUGGAAAAGGACAAAAAUAAUCACAAGCAGGAGCGAAAGGAGAAGAAGGAAGAGAAGGAUCGUAAAGACGAAAAGGAUCAACGGGAGGACAAAGAGAGAAAAGAUGACAAGGAGAGCAAAGAAGAGAGAAGAGAGAAACAUAAAGAAAGCAAAAGGCCGGAGAGCGAGAAGAAGCAGCGAGAGUCGCCAAUCAGUGCCACAAAUGACAAGUCAAAAGCAGAGCCAGCUUUGAAGGCAGCCCCUGAAGAAGUCGAGGCCGCCCCCAGCAACGACGAGGCCAAACCACCAGUCAAGCGUCAACUGACUCUAAACUCGGUGUCGCCUGUCAAGAAGCCAGAGCUGCCGAAGAAUUCGGUCAACCUGCUCGACCAAAUCAUGGCCGAGAUGAAUUUGCCCCCCAAACAGUUCAGCUAAUUAGUUCUCUGCCAUCAACAUUCCCACAUUUUUAGUUUUCUCUUCUUCUUGUCAACCGACCAUGAAAUGCCAUUUUGCAUUAGGCAAGCUAUUAAUUUUUCUCCGAGCUAGACAAUGCUUGUCUGUAAUCACGUUUUUUAAUAUACAUUUUUUUUUUGUACAUACGAGUGCUGAGAGUUUAUCACCUGGUAGUUUAUUUGAGUUUUAUACACUGCCAAUUUUUCACAGAAGUUGAACUAAACUACUUCUUACACUAACGGUGUCUGUCUUUUGUUUUUGAGCAAGCUAGACUACUAGUUUCGAGAGUUUAUUCGUCAUUGUCUUUUUCAUAGAAAGAACGAUUUGGGCAGCAGCACUUCUAUGGAGUGCGUUUUGUUAGUUAAUUUAUUGUUUAUAUGCAAAGGAGAGGACUUUAUAUAUUGUGCAUGGGAGAAAUGAGAAUCAAAGUGGCCCCUCUGAAAAUAAUUUAUUAUAUAUUGCCUAGAAAAGUAACACAAAUCAAUAAAAAAAAGUAGAAUUUAUUAUUGGUGGACAAAAUAUUACGACGAGAAGUAACUUAAUUAAUCGAUACGCCUAUUAUAGGUACCACACAUACACAAUACAAUCUAUAUUGUUGAGUAGCGUGAUUGCUAUUAUUGUAUUUGUAAGUCUAUUUGAAUGUUUGUCAAUUUUAUUCACACGCGCCAUGUACACUCUUCACGGAGCUCUUCUUCCCGAACUUUGUCGGGAUCACUAUACUUUCUUUGUUGCUUCUUAGUUUCCAAGUGCAAUACAGAGAAAAAUAUUUAAUAAAAAUGACCCUCUAAAUAAAAAGCAGGCUGCU